UUAAAAAAGCCCCUGAAAUUAUAAAAAAUUUCAGUUUCCCGACAUGCCCUUGCCUCGUUCGCGCGCAUCCAGGCCUCGUCUUCUCCCCCCUUCCCUCACUCCCAUGUACUCCUGCACCCCGGCCCUCUCCUUCUCUUCAAAUCCUCGUCUUCUCCUCUCCAUCAAUGACCUUCUCCUCCUUCUCCAAUGGCGUCUCUUCUCCUCCAUCUCUUCCUCCUCUUCUCAAUCCCCCUCUCCUCUCCUUGCUCCGACCUCUGCGCCGACCUCCAGAUCCCCUCCCCUUUCCACCUUAACGCCUCUUGUGGCCCUCCCAUCGACGCCUUCCUCCUUUCCUGCCCCCCUAACUCCACCUCGCCUUUCCUCUCCCUCGCCUCCGCUCUCCUCCGCGUCAUCGAUUUCCGACCUUCAGGUACUCUUCUCCUUGAUUACUCCUCGAAUUCAUCUUCCUCUUCUUGCGAUCGCUGGUAUUCCGAUCUCGACGCGUCCGCCGUCUUCUCCCGGAGCUCUUUCUUUGCGAUCACCGCCUACAACGUCCUACGACUCUACGACUGCGAGGAUUCGUCUGUCUGCAAGACGGGUUGCGAGGAGAUCAAUGGUGGCCGGUGCGAGCGGAAUGGGACUAGCUUUGGGUGUUGCUAUCCCUUGUCCGAUGGGAGUGUUUGGAAGACUGGGGAUGGAUUUGGGGUUUUCUCGGAGUUUGGGUGUCGAGGGUUUUCGAGCUGGGUUGUUGGCCGAGGACAGGCGGCGCAGCGCGGGAUUGAGGUUGAGUGGGCGGUGCCGAGAGGUUAUUCGGACGGAGAGGUUUGCUCGGUGGGGGCGACAGUGGUCAAUGCUACUGCGGUUCCUGGUGGGGUUCGCUGUAGCUGCAACGCCGGGAUGGUUGGAGAUGGAUUCAAACACGGCACUGGCUGCUCCAAAUCUUCCAACAGUGAUGGCAGAGAUGGCUGCAAGGGAAAGCAUAGCAGGAAAUUAGUUACUAUUCUUGCUGUGGUACUUGGCUGCGGAUUGCUUCUUACCGCAACGGUUGCAUUUCUGUGGUUUGUACUAAGACAAUCUUCUAAGGGAAAGAGGUGGGAUCUUGACCCAGCCUGUCUACCAAAGAUCCUUGGCAACGCAUGCAGGACUCGGCUAUUCACUUAUGAAGAACUUAAAGAAGCCACGAAGGGUUUUGAAGAUCUCAAGGUAGUAGCUGCCGUUGAUGGAACAGUUUAUACUGGAGUUCUUGAUGAUGGGUCGCUUGUGGCUGUCCAGAAAGUAAGAUGUGAGACUCAACAAAACCUGAGGCAAGUCCUGGAGAGAAUUGAACUCUUGUCUCAAAUCUCUCACAGGAACAUUGCCCAAAUUAUCGGAUGCUCCAUUGGUUCAGGUUACACACUCCUGCUGGUUCAUGAGUUCUUCUCAAGCAGGACUUUGGAAGAGCUCCUGCAGCAAGGGAAAGGAAAUGGCCUUAACUGGUACAAUAGAAUCAGCAUUGCGACUGAGAUUGCAAGUGCUGUCGCUUAUCUUCAAUAUGAGAUCUCUCCUCCUAUCUACAUUCAAGAUCUCAAUUCUCAUGACAUCUUUGUGGAAAUCAACUACUCAGUUAAAGUCGCUAGCUUUAAGUUCCUAUCCUCCGUUGGAGCCUCUUCCGAUGCAAAUGUUAUUGCUAACUUUGGUUUGAUUCUCCUGGAGCUUGUUGUUGGCUCUAAAUGCGGAGACAUGUUGGGAAUUGUCUUGCCUAAAAUAGAAGACAGGAAGUUCCGUGAAAUUGUCGAUCCAUGUCUUGGAUACGCUGAAGAACUCCCAGUUCAACGUGAACAAAUUGAAACAAUGGCAUGCCUUGCUCUUAAAUGCUUAUCGAGCAGAGAGAACGAAGGUGUUUGUAUUGUUGGAAUUGCAAAGGAACUCAUGAACAUUCUCAAUGGAUUUCCCGGCAGCAGCAGCAGAAUGCGGCCUUCAUUGGAAGAAACAUUCUCAAACUCAAGUCUUCUGCAGAUGAUUUCAAUGUCCCCAGACUCUUUACAUGCUCCUUAAUGGGUCAAAAAAAAAAAAAAGCAGAAUUCCCUCGUUUUAAAGAUAAUGUAAUAGAGGUAAGUAAUCCUUUGCUUUGACUGUAGAAUGGCUCAGUUCUUGUAUGGAUAUGGUUGCUUUAACUUAAAUGAAUGCCUCCUUUGCAUA